GAUCACCUGGAGAGGAGAGUGCCCACUUCCACCGCUGCCUCCUGCUCUGCCUGCUCCUGCUUUCAGCAUGGUAAAGAAGAAUACUAUCCCUGAUGGGUAAGUAUCCCUCACACUAAGCGAGAGGCAGGAGCGGGCAUCCCACAGAGAGGGGCACUGACUGCCCCAGGCGCUUUCUUGCCUCAAGCAUCUUCACCACCUACAGUCAGUUAAGGUAGGUAUCUUCUCCAAGACAGGAACAGCACAGCCAUUCAGCCCCCAGGUGAGUAUAAUGCUCCAGCCUGUCUGUGAACACUUCUCCUUCAUCGGCCACACACUGUUCCUUCUUAAUCUUUUUACCCCAAGUGUAUGUUUACUGGGGAAAUGGGAGAGUAGUCCGUACUCCUGACUAGUUUGCUGCUAGGAAUGGCAGAAGAGUUGAUAAAAUGGGAGCAGGUGGUUGCAUGCAUAAGAUCAGGGAAUAUUUUUGUGAAUUCAGAUCCAGAAACAUCCUGUGUUUUUGUUUCUAACAAGAAGACGACAGAAAUGUUGUAUUAGCAAAAAUAAUCCCAAAUUAACCCAAAUGCACUAUACAGGCUUUCUGAUGACUUGAUUGGGAGUGCAUACGUGGACCACAGAAUGACAUCAUGUAAAACAGAUACAGUUCUAUUCUUAAUCUCUAAUAAAGCACAAAAAAGAAGUCCAAGUUAAGAGUUUUAACCCAUUUCUUCUUGAUUACAUCAACACAAACUUUUUGGAUAGGAGGGCAUGCUGAGAUAUAAGGGCACACUGUAAUGGGGCAAUAACUUGCAGUUUAUACAUUAUUUGAGGGAAGAAUUACAUGAUGCUGGUUUCAGGGAGAGGGUUAAAUUGGUUUAUUAAGAGCAUUCUUAGAAGGAGCAGUAAGAUACAAAAAACACACGUUCCUGUAAUAUUUGUUGGUCUAAAAGGAGUAAAUAGAAACAAAAGAUGAAUAGAAUUUUAAAAAUAAGCUGAUUUUUUUUCAUGGCUGGCAAACUCAGGGAUUAAAAUUACAAUAAACUUUAAGAAAAGCUGUUUAAGCAUGUCUUUCUCUCAAAAUCUUUUUGGAAUUUCUGUUACAUGUUGGAUAAAAGUGAGCUAAAGUGGAUUAGUUUUUUAAGAAGUGAUUCAGAAAUCUGAAACAAUUGUUAUUGUUUUCUUCAUCCUUGGAAAUUGCUACUAUAAGUUUGACUAUCAGGUGCUCAUUUCUCCAUUUGUAUCUGCCCUUGCAUUUGAAAUAGAGAAGCUUUCAGGAUACAUGGAUUUCUUAAGUAUGGAAUAAUCAGUUUUGACUUCUUUUGACUUCUACAACUGGAAACUAAUACCUUUCAGGGGGAGAAACAGCUACUGUCAAGUAUUUGGUUAUAAAGUUAGUAUUAAUUUCUGACUUCUGAUACUGAAGUACUUUCAACGUCCCCAGAUAGUUUUUAUACUGCUAAGAAAUGCAGUUAGACAUCCACAGUAACAGGGGUUUGGCAUUAAAGAAGUUGAAGGCCUUGUCAGCCCCUCAGUCUCAUACAGCAGGGUAUGGAUGUCAUGCUUGUGCUAGCACAGCAUGUUGUUCUUCAGUGUCAAUUCAGUAAGCCAGGAAGACAUAGAAGUGAAUCCCAGAAGGGACUUAAGGAAGCUAAUUUGAGUCUAGGUGAUCCUGCACAUGCAGUUUACUGGCCCCAGAAAUAGGUGCUGGCAAAAGUGAGAUUGUGGUACCCUGGAGCAUAAGGACAAGUCCAGAUGGUGCAGACUCUAGAAGUACAACCCCAAUUGCCAUGUUGCAAUAGCAAUAGUCUAACAGUAACUCUUUUGGUUUAAUGGUACUGCAAGAGGUGAGGAAAGUGACACUACAUACCAACACCUUUGAAGAUUGUCUUCCUGUUAGUGCCUCAAUUCUUAACACUUUUAAUCCAAAUUUCAUUAUGCUAAUUCAAGCAAUACAAUAAAUUGGAGGUUCAGUUAAGGUAAAUGGGAAUAAUGCAACUAAACAAUAAACAGUAAACCUUUUUUAGCUCAAGGGGUAAUGACUUUAAAGUUGAAGAGGUUUACAUCGGAUGUAAGGAAGACAUUUUUCACUGUAAGGAUGGUGAUGCACAGGAAUGGGUUGUCCAGAGAAGUUCUGGGUGCCCUUCUCUGCCAGUGUUUUCAAGUUUGGUUGGAUGGGUCUUUGAGCAACCUGGCCUAAUGGAAGGUGUCCCUGCCUGUGGCAGGAGAGUUGGAACUAGAUGAUGCUUAAGGCUUAUUACAACCCAAGCCAUUCUAUGAUAAAGUACUUCUCCUUUUUACCAGUAAUGUCUUGGAGCAGAGCUAUGGUGUAAUGUCCAUUGCAGUCUCAGACCUACAGAGUAGUGCUGGUGAAGUACUUUUGUAGCAAAAUGAGACAUCAGAGGAAAAGAGGGGUUCAAGUGAUCCCUUGCACUGCAGUUUCCACAUGGAGUCAAGUUCUGGUUUUUCACAGUGUCUGAAAUGGUUUUACCCUUCAGUAGUUGAACGCUAUGAUGUUUUAGUGGAGAACCAGACAGUCUAAGCUGCAUAACAAGUCAUAAAAUACCAUGAUGUUUUUACAGAUUUACACUGAUUUGUGCUUCAGCAUCCAAAAUCCUGCUGUGGGUAUAAUUACAUAAACUCCAGUUCAGUUAUGAAGAGCAUCUGCAGAAAUGUCACCUUCUGGCAUGUUUCCCUUGAAUAAUAUAAAAAAUACUGAGUGGGAUCUUUUUGAUAGAAGGGCAAAGCUGAAUUAUUUUUGCCGAUGCACUAUAAACAUGCUUCUUUAACUGUAUUUUUCUUGCCCAGACUUAAAGCAUCAGCAUUUUCAUUUAGACAGGAAUAUUAAAUACUGUGGCAUGAUGGAUUGUGCAUGUUCAACAGUGAGUGAGAGAUAAGGAUGACAUUUUACUUGUAAACAUGUUCCCUCUCAUCAAUUCUGAAUCUGGUGUCUAUAGAGGUAUGGAAGUCACAUGGAAAAAUCAGGUUGUAUGUAUUUCAUUCAGUAUCAGUAGCCAAAAAAAAGGAAAAGAGGUUCCAAGUAGUAGUUUUUAAAUGGUCUUGCUAGAGAUGACAGUUUUUCAGUAGUUGUUAAAGUAAGUCUUACUAUGAACCCAUUCUAAACCAGAAAAUUUUACUGGAAAUUAAAACUUCCAUGUGACCUUAACAAUGUUAAUGUCAAAAUAAAUUACGAAAAAACCAUUUGUUCCACAUCUGGCUCUAUUAAAACUUUUAAAUCAAAGCAGAUAAAAUAUUUAGCUGGAUAUAAUCAGUUUCUUCAUGUCCACUUGUUUUUCAUUGAAGCCUGUGUAGCUCUUAGUCACUGGUAUAGGGAUGCUGGUGCCAAGUCUUGUGAUAACACCUCUGACUCCCACCUUUCUUCCACUCACGUUCAAGCAGGAUACAAAUCACAUGUCACAAGUUUCAUUCAAACUUGCUGAAAUGGUCAGUUAAGUCUUUCCUCCUGUAAUUCCUGUUUAUGUGACUACCUGCUGCUCAUCUUUGAUCAUUCUGCCUUUAUGUAUACUUGUUCUGUAAGAGUUUGACUUCUUUAGUCCAGGCCAUUUUUACUUCCCAGUCACAUUCCUUUGUUGACAACAGAACAACUGUGAAUUUAUUUCCUCAGCUGAUCUUUGGUUAAUUUCAAUCUGCUGGUUUUAUUUUUAGUUCUGCAGCAGUAUGCUGCAAUUUCACUUUAAAAUACCAUUUUAAAGAUAACAUGGAACACAUACCCUUUAUAUUUUUGAUGAAAAGUGCCCUCUGCUCAUUUUCUACUAUAGAGCUGUCAGCAGCUUUUGAGUUUCUUGCUGAUUGUGCAGAUUUUUUUUUUUUCUGGGAGGAUUUAAAUGGCUUUAAAUACAAGAGAAUAAAACCCCAAGUUUAUUAAGGUCUGACAACAAACUGGGUAAUCCUGGGGCAUUGUUCUUUAAAUCCCCUAAUAUGAAAAAACUUCAGAAUUUUUACAAAGCCUUUUUUACAUUGUUAAUUAAAGAAAAUAAGAUUUUAAAGCCCUUUUUUGAUACUUUCUUUUUGACUUCUAAAUGCUCCUAUCUAAGAUAAUGAUAGUUUAUUUCCACUCACAGAUUUCCAAGAGAAAGCAGGUUAAAACAGCACUGAAUUUCUCAUCUUAAUUGAUUCAUGUACAAUUUACAUCUCUUCAACAGGAGGAAAUGGAACAUAGUCUCAGAUUUUUGUUUUCAUACUUGACAGCAAGCAUAUAGAUACCACACUCCAGAGUUUACAAACUUGAAAAUUCACUUAGGAAGACUUAUCCUGAAAAAAAAUUUAGAAUUUAGUAAAAGGUUUUAUUUGAAACAGCCCUCAGUGAUCUCAUUUCUAGCUUGCCCUUACAUUUUCUCACCUUGUAUGUGUCUUCUACAGACCAGCUGUUUGCAGCAGCCUUCCUAAUGAUGAGUUGUUAUUACUGCUUUGUUGCUUCAUUUGUUGUCCAAUAAAUAAUGUCUGCACUGUGAGCCUUGAUCUGUUCUUUGCCUCAUGAUGAUUACAGAGAGAAGUUAGUGCUAAAGGAGGCUGUAGGAAAUAGUUACAUGAUUGAUUAAUACCAAAUACACUUUGGUCUCCCUGCUUUGUGUUUCCUUUGUUACUUCCAAGCAUUUCUGAAUGGUGAUGUCGUUAUUCAUGUACUACGAGAAAAAUUAUUAUAGAUAUUUCAUUGAGAAUUUUUUCCAGACAACUUCUAGUUUUUUUAUGGUCCGAUAUGGGAACUGUGAACAAAGCCAAGUACUCAGUGGUUAGAAUAUUUUUAAAUUAAGUAUUCAGUUUAUUUCAUUUAAUGGUGUAGUUUUAUGAGCAUCAGAAAAGAAUCUAGAAGCGGUUGGAUGCUCCCUUCAAAAGGGACAGAUUAAUUUAAGCAUUAAUUCAGAAAAUUGCAAGGGAAUGGAUACAUCUUAAAGAAUCUAGUGGAAAUGUUUUGUAUGUUAAUAGUUGAGGUAUUGGCCAAAAAUGCAAAAAGCCUGUGUAGAUUUUUAAGCCAUCCAGCUGUACAUUGUUAAGUUAUAGAGUUAAUUUGCACUUGCAAAGAAGAAAUAAUAGUUCUAAAUUUAGUAAGUUACCUCUUCGAAGGUAAAAUUGAUCUGCUGAUUUACUUGUUUUCCUCUUCAGAUAAUUCUCUUCAUCCUUCUUUAGAAAUUGGAAUCUCUGAAAUAUUAUAUAUCGAGAGCAUUUUCAGUACAAUGUAGAACUUGUACAUACCAGUUCUUUGUGGUUUUGGAAUUACAUGUGUUUUGAGUAUUGUAACAAAUCUUACUGGUGAUUUGUGGGAGGUUUUGGUGUGAUGGAAUAUCCUCUCUAUUUUUCAAAAUGGUGAGAGAAAGUUCAAUCAAGAGUGUUUCUUUGAAAAAGAAGCAUAUUACAAAGGAAAUGUUUUUAGAAAAUCCAAAUAAUUUGUGUUUUUAAUGAAAGUUAACUUUGCAUUUCAUUGUCAAUUAAAUGGCUGAAGUGUGCCUGUUGCAACUUUAAUGUGUUUGAUUCAGUCAGGUUGAAAAAUGUCCACCAGCUACAACAAUACAUUUUUAUCUGUUGAACCUUGCACAUCUGCUUUGCUUCAUAUUGGUGCUACUUGUUUGUAAAUGUUAUCCUGACAUUUUGAGAAGAGGAAUUUCUUGAAGAAGGAAAGAAAAAGUAUUUUCAAAUGUUGUGGUGAUACUUUGAAGCUGCUUCAUGAAAUAAUUGCAGAUUUGGGGACCUAAUUGUACUGUAUGAUAACAAAAAUUUUAUGUGUUUUGAGCUGCAGGUGUCUUCUGUUGAAUCAUGCAACUUGAAAAUAUUUAAAAAUUAGUAUUUCUUUCCCUACAGGUGGCGGAGUUUGACACCAGUUGGACAGCCUAUACCAGGAACGAGAUUUAUUGCAUUCAAAGUACCUUUAAAAGGGGAACUGACAGGUGGUUGAGGCUGCUGCAUCUUUUGCCACUGUCUUUAUUGGUUCUGGCUGAGCCUGUGUCAAAAGGCUCUCACAAUGGACAAGUGCACUGUUCAGAGAAAAUCCAGUCUUGAGUAUAUGAGGCAUUUUCAUACCUAAAGUGAAGAACACAUUUCAAAAAACACAGCUACAGUAGGGCAAUUAACCAGAGGCUUACCCCAACCCAGAAAUUUACACCAAAAGAUUUAAUUGCUGCAAUGAAAGCCCUAAAUGUGGAGCUUGGAUUAAUUAUUGAUUUAACAUAUACCACACGAUACUAUGAAGUUAAGGAUUUACCUAAAAGUGUGCAGUAUAAGAAACUUUAUACUGUUGGGCUUGAAGUCCCUGAUAAUGCUACUAUCCUACAGUUCAAAAAGUGGGUCAGAAAAUUCCUUUGGGAAAAUGCAGGAAAUGAGAAACUCAUUGGUGUACACUGUACUAACGGAAUUAAUAGAACUGGCUACCUUAUAUGUAGGUAUCUUAUAGAUGUUGAAGGCUGGGAUCCAGAAGCAGCAAUUCAGGCUUUUGGCGAUGCCAGAGGUCAUCGCAUGGAUGGCCUCGUGUAUCUCACAGAUCUCAGGACACAGCCGAUGCGAAGUAACCUUGGAAUGGAUGUAUGGGAUGCAGAUGAAGAUAUUAUCCCACCACCACAUGCUAUGGAAGGAUCUGUAGAACGGUUCCCAAAUGAAGAUUUUCAGGGGUCUGGGAAAAGAUUAAGAAUUUAUGAUGACCACUCAUACAAUGAUUUGCAAGGACAGAUGCAGUUGCGAGAUUUUGACUUCAUUAGUAAGGGGCCUGGACAAAGACGAAGACCAUUUCAUGACCAUCAAACUCAGGAUGAAUUAAGAGCAUCAGUGCAGAUGAGAAAUUGGGACUACAAUAGGGGACCAGAACAAAGACAAAGAGCCUUUUCUGAUCACCAAUUUUAUGAUGAUUAUCAAGAAGACACACAGCUGAAGGACCUAGAGUUCAGUACCAAGGGACAUGGACAGAGUUUGAGACCUUUUCAUGGACACCAGUUUCAUGAUGAUUUGCAAGCAGACAGACAGUCUUUCGACUUCAACAGAGGCCGGGAACAAAGGCAGAGAUCUUUUCCUGACCAUCCAUCUCCUAAUGAUUUGCAGGAAGACAGGCAGUCAAAGGAUUUUGAUUUCGGUGGCCGGGGCCGUGGCCAGAGACGAAAACUUUUCCAUGACCACCAAUCUCGGGAUGAAUUUCAGACUCAAAUGCAGUUAAAAGAAUUGGAUUCUGCUAGUAGAGGUCCUGGCCAAAGACUAAGAUCCUUCCAUGACUACGAGUCACAUGAUGACUUCCAGACACAGGUGCAAUUGGGAGAUUUUGAAUUUGUUAAGAGGGGUCGUGGGCAGAGGUUGAGACCUUUCAAUGAUCACCAGCCUCGCAAUGACUUAAAAACAGAGAUGCAACUGAAAGAUUAUGAUAAUAAAGGUCCUGGACAAAGGUGCAGACCUUUUCAUGACCCUCAGCCUUAUGAUGGCUUACAGGAACAGACUCAAUCAAAAGAUUUUGAUUAUGGUAAUAAAGGGCACGGAAAAAGGCCAAGGCCUUUCCACGAUCAUUCAGGUCACAAUGACUUGCCACGUGAAUGGUGUUCAGACAGAAGUCAGUCCUUUUCUUCCCAUGAAAAUGUACCAGAACCUCAUUUCUCCUCAUCUCCUUCACUUCACAGGGAUUACGGGUCUGAUAAUGAUGACUUUAACAGAAAUUACAGUAAUCGACCACAUUGUCCUGAAGACAAUAGGAGACUGCAUCCCUCAGAGGAAUUUAAUAGAGGAAAAAACAGAUUUGCACCAUACUCUUCACGAACAAUGCACCCAUCUUCAUCCAUAAACCAAGAAGAUAGUUCAAUAGACUAUGAAAGAAAGCCUUUUCAGGGUGAAACUACCAGAAGCAUGGAACAAAGUAAAAGAUUGCCAGUUGUAACAGUUGAUUACAAUUACGGUCUGCCACUUGAUUGUGGACCUGAAGAGGAAGAGAGAUCACAUUAUGAUUUACCACCCAGAGACCACUACAACUGGAACUGAAUUAAAAGGACGAUGUUUGCUCUGCUUAGAAUUGCUUUUACCCAUUUUAUUUUGUAUGUGGACCAAUUUUUUUUUAAAGCAAAUUAGUUAAAUGAAAAUUUCAGUAGUAAAGAACAGGUCUCUAUUGUAAGAUUAGCUUCUACUGAUGUUUGGUUCUUUAAAUUUAUUAGGCUGUAUUUGUUAAGUGUCAUUGGAGACAAUAUCUCUGUACACAUGGAACUAAAGCAGUCCUUCCUUUUAGUGAAAUUGCAACCCUGAAACAAACAACCCCUUAAAACAACUUUUUGAGUGAUUGUGUUUGGUUUUUGUUUUACAGUUCUUUAAAAUAUAUAAUUUCCAGAUGCAUAAUAAAACAUUGCACUAUCAGGUAGACUAGCAUUGAAAUUAUAGGGAAUAUACUUAAAAAUGAAUGAAGCCAAGUUAUGUCCAUUUCAUUCUUUAAUUUGAAGACAGAAGUUUGAAUUUUUGCUAACAAUCACUGCAGCAUCACAAUUUACUUCCACAUUAUCUGUACCAUCCACUGAACUGACACAAUUGCAUUCUUUUUCAUAGCAGAAUUUUUCCCAGAUUGCUAAGAACAUGUAAGCAAAUGGAGUUUGAAUAUUCUAAAUGUCAAACUUGCUUUUCAGUAAUUGGAAUAUCUCAUCCUGAUUGUGUACUUUUUUCCUGAUCCCUUAGGUUACCUAUGUUUCAGAAUAGCCUACUGCAGGUAGAUUUCACCAGUUUCUCAGCAACAAAUCCUAAGGAAGGUAGGUCACGUAUGUCACCUUAGCUGUCUCAACUGGCCAAGGGCACUGGUGCCGAUGUACUUACACCUCCUCAUUUGUCAGUCAUAGCUGUCCUACUCCACAGUACUGUUUUUUCAGUAGUUUCUUCUUACAGCAGAGUAAUCAGAACAGAAGAGUUACUUCUUUGGGUGAGCUCCUUUUAAGUCACGUAUUGAACAUUCUCCUGAACUGCCUGUGGCUCUCACAAAGGUAGUGCAACAAACAGUAACUGAAUUUAUGCCAGCAGCUGCACAGAAGCACCAACAGUUCCUACUAUGGAUAAAGAAACCAUUCAAUGGAUGGAAAUGGAUGGAAAACAGUAUUGCUAUAAUAUUUAGAUAAAUUAAAAUACCUAUAUUUUUCAUAAUUAUUACAUUUUAAUGAAGUAAUGCUUUAAAAGGCAUUACAAUAAAUAAGGAUAAAGGUAGACCAUUAUAUUAAAAUGAACAAUUGAAUGCAAGUUACUUAAGUCAUACAGUUAAGACACUGCCUUAAAAGCAAAGUUUGAAAGCAUCAAGCAAGAGGGUGUAGGUAUACACUAGAAAACUGGGAAAAAAGCAUUCAUAGCCAAAACCCAGAAAGUUUUUUUUUGCUUUUUAGUGGCAGCAUAAAACCCAUAUUUCUGAAUUCGUGGUUCUGGACUAAAAAAGAAUUAGAUUGGAGUAUCUUGUAACUCUUGUUUUGUAACACAUUCAAACAGUUCCUUAGUGAAAGGACUCUGUGAAUAUAAAUUCAUACUGCAAAGCUUCAUUGCCUGUGCAACUGGUAGAACAACUUUGGCUUUGUUCAUUGUGCAAAGUAAAUAGUUUUCUCAUUUUCACAGCAGCUUUGUAUUUCCCAUUAAAUUGUAUUUGCCAUCAAAUCUGAUGGUGAGCUUCAUUCAUGUGGUCUCAGGAAUGAAGCUCUGUCUAUAUAAACUGGUUGUGGAACUGAACACUAAAUGUUAAGGCAUUUGUUCCUUCACUUGCCUUUUUUUUUUUUUAAUUGAGCUGUAAGAUGAGAAUCUUUAUCUAGAUUUCUUUAUUUGGAAGCAAGAAAGAUCUGCAACAUGGGCUACUAUAGUGCUAGAUUCUUUUAAAAAUCAACAAAAAAACACCCUGCCAUUCUCCAACAGGGGCCCAAGAAUUUACAGACUGAUAUUACAAGCACUUGUUUGAGGGUUUUUUUCUACUAUGUAUGCAAUAUUCAUAAAGUGAAUAAAGAGCAGCAAACAUUUGCCCUUUGUAUUUUUGUAUUGGGGUUUGUUAUUUAGGAUUGCAGCAACCCUACAGUCAAUCCUUUGCUACUUCAGACUGGAGAGCUCAGUGAAGAAGAUACGUGGCAUAAGAAGUUAGGAUGAGCAGGAGCUCAUAAGAUAAGCUCAUAAGAUACCAGCCCUUGUCAGUUCCUGCAGGACCCUUUGAGGGUCCAGAUGUAAACAACCAGGUGGUGCAAUUCCUUCUGUUAUCUGACAAAAUAUUUGUCACUUUCCUACCUCUGUUGAAUGUUUCACUUCAGGGAAUAUUGUUAGACAUCAUGUUUCCAGAAGUGGUUUUGAGAGGACUGUAUGGAAAUAGACAUAGUUUUGUUUGUUUGUUUAUAAUUUAGGAUAAGGCUUUCCACCCUAUUGUUCUUAAUGGAAUUAGGCAGAACUAAGCCCACGUAAUACAUUAUGAACUCCAGCUGACAUUUACUUCAAAUUCCACAGUUGAUUCAUCACUGUAUAUUCGCAUCUGUACUAUUUAAUUGCUAAUUAAAUUCACAGGGUGAAGAAUGAAAUUAAACGUUUCUUGUUUUUUAAGGAAAUAUUGUAUUACAGCAGCACUC